AUGCCCCAGAAAUCCUGGGUCGAGGGCCGGCGCAGGCUGGCUGAGGGUGGAGCGGUGCGUCCCAAGGCUGGCAGGGGCGGGCCUGAGCCCGCAGCCAGCUCUCAGGGGUGGGGGACCCCGGAGCCGCUGCGGCUAGAGGGGCCAGGAGCCCAAUUCCAGGGCCGGAGCGUUCCCUGGCGGCCGCAGCGCCGCGCCGGAGCUCCGGUUCGCUUCCCGCGCGCCGCCGCCGCCAACGCCGCCCACGCUGCUGCCGCUCGUGCGGGGUCGCUGCCCAGGUACCGCAGGAGUCCAGGUCGGCGGCCGCCGCUCGGCCGCCCCCCGGCUGCAGCCCCGCCGGGGACGCGGGCCCGCGAGGAGGCAACUUUGGGUUCCCGCCGCCUUCCCCGCUCGCCCGCGGGCGCCGCUCGACUGCCGCAGCCCGUCCGCCCGCCUCCCGCGCGCGCUCACACUCGCGCCUCGCACACGGCCGCCCCCCGCACCGCCCCGCCACGCACACCGCGCUCUGCGCCCCCCGCCGCUGCCCGAGCUUGCUGCGCGCCGCCCCAGUCCGCGCCGCGACCGCCCCGUCCCAUCUCGUUCCCGCCGGGCGCCACGGUUCCCGGGUCAGCGUCCCCUCUGCUCCAGCCCGGAGGUGCAGAGGGCAGGACCCGAGGGUGGGCUGGUGCCUGGCUUGGGAGACCCGGAGAGUCGAGGCAAGAGACGCCGAGCCUCGCCCCCGGCCGGCUCCCAGACGCCCUGGGCGCAGGGCGCUGCAGGCGCUGGGCGCGGGGCAGCGGGCGCGGGGCGGCGCCGGCCCCGGGCGGCUCUCCCACUAGGGGUAGCUGUUGCCUGAACGCGGGAGCGCUCCCCUCUCGCCGCUUGCCUCGCCCGGCACAGCCCCGGCCGCCGGGCGCACCCGUCCCGUUCGUCCCCGGACGUUGCUCUCUGCCCCGGGAACGUCGAGACUGGAGCGCCCGAACUGAGCCACCUUCGCGAACCCGGAGCGCGGCGGCCCGACUCACCGCGGAGGCGCCCGGACGCGUAAAGCUGGAGACCGCUCUGGCGUCCGGGGCGGGUGGGCGCUUGCCGAUUGCUCUCCACUAGCCAAGGAACUUGUCCGGAGAAGUCGACCGACCGCCGGGCAAGUGGCCCAGAGGGCGCGCAGGUAGGCGCCCGCCCUCGCCAUCGGGUUUCCGAGGUCUCUGCCCGGGAACCCUUCUUAGGACCUGUGGCUGCUGCAGUUGGAGCCCCGAGUGUACCUUAACUCGGAGAACAGAGUACCCUGGGAAUGUGUCUCCCCUCCCUCUGGCUGAGGGACUUUCUCUGCUGCUCGGUGGAUGGGGUAUACACCCCAGCACUUCCCACCUGAGGGAAACCUGCAGACUCCCAUUGUUCUAGCCCUCCUGGUAGGGUCUUUCAGAUGGACUAGAGAAAUCUCCCUGAACAUACCUGACUGGGGGGUCCCACUCAUAUGAUUUUAUCCUAAAGCAGGGCUUCUCUGAGCUCACAGACCACCGCCCCUCUUCUCUUUUGGAAUGGGGUGAUAGAGUGAGAAGAGACUCUUGCUAGGGAGUCUGAGAGGCAGAUUGGGGGCUUCUGAGACCUUGUCUUGGGUACAGCAAGACAUACUUCUCCUCAGCUCAAGAUUCUCUUAUCUCUGGGAGGCACCAGUCUAGGGCGCAUGUCCUGCUCCUUCCCUCAAGGGUCUGGGGCAGGGACAUGAGGCAGGUCCUCCCUCUCCACAUUCAGUUUCUGAAAAGGCCACCUGGGAUAGGUUCAUAUGUUUCAGGGAGCAUAUGCCACGUGGGACAGAUAUAAGUUCAUAGUCUGGGACAGAUAUAAGUUCAGCACUGCUGGUCCUGCUCUAUGGACCAGUCACAUCUGAUCAUCACCCCCUCCUGAUGUGGGACAUCUGGGAAAGCAGCUGGCGGUCUUCCUGGGCAUCUGCUGGUGAGUGUGGGAAACAGGCUACACCCCACAGUUGGGGGUUCCUGAGCACUGGAUGAAGUACCCAGGCCCCUUUGACUCCUCUGGUCUCCUGCACAGGUGAGGACAGAGCCAAGGUGUGAGUGAUUUUGGCCUUUGGGGCACAUACCUGGCUUGACAACUCCUACUCCAGUGCCCCCUACCCCUUCUUCCUGUCCCCCCCCCCUUAGCUUCCCCACCCUCUUUUCUCACUGCCCUCUAUGCCAGCAUCCCCAGCUAGUUAUAAAUCUCUGGCUUUCUACCAGUUGCUUAAGUGUCCUGUCAUGUCCCAAUAGCCUAGAGUGGGAAUACUGAAGUCUAUACGAUGCUUGGACCUUAGUGGGAACAGGCAGACUUGGGAGGGGACUCUGGGGACUUCUCCUGUUUCAAGAGCCCAGGAGGGCGCGGGGAGGGGGGGGGGACUCCUGCCUGCCCUCUUCGAGCUCCAGCAGAGGGCAGAUCGGGGAGAGAAAAGGAGGGAUAUAUUGGACUGGGUCCAUUUGGUGCCCUGGAACAACUCGGGGUGGGGGUGGGGGCCUUGGCAUGACUGGGGAGGAUGGGACUUUGGCCAGCCUUCUACUCCCAAGAUCUGGGUCAUAGUGGUCUGCCUGUGAGGGGGUGCUAGGUGGGCCUGGCACUAACCUCUUGGUCUCCCAGCCUCUGGGUGGGGUUGGUGGGUGGGUGUGGCAAGCAUAGUCUCUGCCCUCCUUUCCUAAGGCUGUCAGAAGACUCCAUGGAAGUUGGUGGGCAGUGCCUGUGGUUUUCACAUCUCCCAGCAGGGGUACCUCCUAGGACUCAGAAAAGGCUUCAGCCCCACCCUUAAAGAAGAGUGCUGGAGAACAAGUCUUGUGCCCUGGGGCUGGCCCCAUCUCAUCAUGACUUGGUCGCAUGGACUCAGGCCUCUUUGGUCAUCACUCUUGUCACUUUUAAGCUGCUUCCCCCUGCACUGACCUCUGGGCGCCCCAGGAGCUUUCCUCUCUCUGAACUUCCAAUAUGGUGUUCCUGUUGGCUUUUCUCUUUGCUUUUGGACCCCCUCCCAUAAUCUUUUUUUUUUUCCUUCCAAAGCCCUAGUCUGACCUGUCCCAUCCUUCCCCAUGUAGGGAGCCCAGUCUUCCUGCCUGGACCAUCCUCACAGAAGCACAUGCCCUCUGCCUGUUCUCUUCUUCCUCAGUGGCCAGCAGCCUGUCCGACAGAUGAAAUCCGUGUCUCCGUGGCAGCCCUGCCCCUCCUGGUCCAGCUGGGAUCCCCUGGAGUGACUGCUGGGAGGUGCCCAAUAAAACUUUGUGC